CAUCACCAUCAUAAUCGUCGUCGUCUCAGUUUCAGCCAAAACAUCCCCAAAUCCACAGUGGCAUCCUCAUCCUUCACCUCCCGACCUAAGGUACUCUUCUGUCUUUUUUCCCCCUCGUCUCCAUCAUCUUUAACCUCGACCUCUCCUUGAGGAGAAUCACUAUCUGCUUAUUGUUAGCCCAAGAGGAUUCUCGCAGUGGCAACCAGUCUCAAGUAAUCCCUGUGGCGUUUGUUGGCGCAGUUACUUGCAUUAUCAUAUUACGGCAUCCUAGAAAGCGCAACUUGUUGCAGGUGGACCGUGACUGACUGACCGGAACUUGGACCAAAGCACCACCACACCAUCUCCGCGACCUACAUACAUCCUUUUAUUGCUCACCACAACACGCACACACCAUAGUCCUCGAAUGCGUGUUGCUUUUCCCGUCGCAUUGUUCUCGGUCAUCGAAUCCUUCACUUCUAAUGACCCUCGUCCUCGCUUCGCCUUGACCCCGCCGCCUUUUUGGUCGUGCACAGAUACGAUCCCCUCCAGUCCACCCUAGUCAACGGAUGCGGUACCAGUCUUGCUAUUGAUGCACACGGCCUGACCGCAUGAAUUCUGCCUGCGGUUCCUAACAAAAACGCCAUUCACGAAACCGUUUAUUGCCCAAGUCUGCCACCAUGGCGGACACCGAAAAAGCCAUUGAUGAUAUCUACAAAAAGAUCGAGCGAGAAAAGACGCUAAUCACAGCCGCGACGCACAUGCGACAGUCGACAAACAAUGCUGCAGUCCAGGCACGUGUCGAUAGUACCAUCCGCGAUGGGAGACGAAACAUCACUUACCUAGAGGAUAAAUUGCAAGAGUUGCAACUGCGCCAGCGCGGCACAUAUGAUGACGGCCCUCCUGCCCCUCCCGUGCAUGGCGGCAGCGGCGGUGGUGGCGGUGGCUAUCCAACAGCUGAUGGCCGCAGUCAGCGAGGCUAUCAAGCAGGAAACGCGCCUACUCCUCCUCCCAAAGACACCCGAGGCUACUUCGCCAACGAAAGAGGGGACUAUGGUGAUCCAGGACCAGGUGGUUACAGUCAGGGAAAUACCGGCAUGAUGCCACCGCGAGCCAUCUAUGGUGAUCCGCGACCCUACAACACUCCGGUUCCCAAACCGCGUCCCAAUUUCUCAAAACUAGACCUAAUCAAAUAUGAUACUCCAUACCUCGGUCCCAAAAUCCAGCUCAUGCUAUCGCAGCUCGAGUUCAAACUCUCGGUCGAAAAGCAGUACAAGGCAGGAAUCGAGAAAAUGGUGCGACUAUACCAGGAUGAGGGCGAUAGGAAGAGCAGAUCGGACGCCGAAGGCCGUCGCAUCGAAAGCACCCAAAAGAUCCAAUUAUUAAAACAAGCCCUGAAAAGAUACAUGGAUCUUCAUGUCGAUAUUGAGACCUCUGAUGGCGGCGAUGAUGACAGUCUGAACGCACCAAACAUGCGGAAACCAUUAACGGGUCAUCUGGAGAUGCGCAUUCAUGCGAUCAAAGAUGUUGAUCACGCGGCAUCCUCACGAUUCUCGAGAGGGCCCGAGACCUUUGUGAUCAUGAAGGUAGAGGACAACAUUCGCGCCAAAACUCGAGCUACCCGUACAGAUAAAUGGACAGAAGAGACUCACAACGUCGACAUCGACAAAGCCAAUGAAAUUGAAUUGACCGUCUAUGACAAAGCAGGUGACCGCCCAACCCCGAUUGGAUUCCUCUGGAUUCGCAUCUCGGAUAUCGCGGAAGAGAUGCGCCGUAAGAAGAUGGAAACUGAAUUUCAACAGAAUGGUUGGGUAUCAGCGGACAAGAUGGCCAACGGUGGCAGUCCGGGAAAACCUGGCUCUGAAUUUCACCAACAGCAACAACAGCAGCACCAGUUACAAGGCACCGCGUUUAUGCCACCUGGUGAUGCGGCUGGUGCCGGAUCCGCCGCCGGCUUUCCUCAAAAUCCUCAACAGGUUCAACCUGUAAUGAUCGACUCAUGGUUUUCGUUGGAACCGGCAGGUCGUAUUCAUCUCACCAUGAGUUUCCAGAAGCAGACAGGUGCGCGGCGUCCGUUCGACAUUGGCCUAAAUCGUCAAGGUGCUGUGCGCCAGAAGAAGGAAGUCGUUCACGAGAAACAAGGCCACAAAUUCGUCAAGCAACAGUUCUACAAUGUCAUGCGAUGUGCUUUGUGUGGGGACUUCCUCAAGUACUCGGCCGGCAUGCAAUGUGCAGAUUGCAAGUAUACUUGCCACACCAAAUGCUAUCCCAAGGUUGUCACGAAGUGUAUUAGUAAAGCGAACUAUGAGACCGAUCCGGACGAGGAGAAGAUCAAUCACCGAAUACCACAUCGCUUCGACAAUUUUUCGAAUAUUGGGGCCAACUGGUGCUGUCACUGCGGUUAUUUACUUCCGCUGGGUAGACGAAAUGCGAAGAAGUGCUCAGAAUGUGGUCUCACAUGCCACACGCAAUGCCAGCAUCUCGUGCCGGACUUCUGCGGCAUGUCAAUGAUCGUCGCCAACGAGAUUCUGGAAACCAUUCAGCGGACAAAGCACCACAAUAAGUCUUCAUCGGUCAGUUCCGGCAUGAGCAGCAGGACUUUGAGGCCGAACUCUGGCAGGCCAGGCCCUCAAUCACCAACUCAAAGCUUUGUCUCUGACGGAAGUACAUUGACACAAUCUGUAUCUAAUCAAUCAUACGAUCAACAUGCAGAGACUGCUAAGCCUUCUGCGGCGGCCACAGCUGCAGCUCAGAACAUGAUGUACAAUCAAACUCCGCCGCCGCAAUCUCCACAGCAACAACGACCAUUACAACAGAGAGCCGUUUCGACCGCUGCUGUCCAGGCUGCAGCUGCAGCGACCAGCCGGCCGUCCUCACAGAACUACCAUCAAAGCUUCAGCGACUACAGCCCUCAAAAGAUUGCGCCCGACCGGUAUGCCAACGCACGACCACCGGUUCCAGAAGCGCAGCCUCCUCACGCGUCUUAUGAUCCUCGUGCAUAUCAGCAGUAUGACCGACAGCCAAUCCAGCAGCAAAUGAUGCCACACCAACAACCUCAGCCAGCUAUGGUGCCACAGCAGAGGCCUCCUCCACAACAAGCUCAACAAACUUACUCCCCUGCUCCGGUCAAGCCGGCGCCUCAACAGCAACAACAGCAACAGCAGCAGCAAGUCGCUACACCUCCGUCCGGACGAGGCUCCGGUCCACGAAUUGGCCUCGACCAUUUCAACUUCCUGGCUGUGCUGGGUAAGGGUAACUUUGGUAAAGUCAUGCUUGCGGAGGCGAAGAGCUCCAAGAAGCUGUACGCAAUCAAGGUUCUUAAAAAGGAGUUCAUUAUUGAGAAUGACGAAGUCGAAUCAACCAAAUCCGAAAAGCGAGUCUUCUUGAUUGCCAACAAGGAGAGACAUCCUUUCUUGCUUAGUUUGCAUGCCUGUUUCCAGACAGAGACCAGAGUCUACUUUGUUAUGGAAUACAUCUCGGGCGGUGAUUUGAUGUUGCACAUCCAACGCGGCCAAUUCGGUCUCAAACGAGCUCAAUUCUAUGCUGCAGAAGUGUGCCUGGCUUUGAAAUACUUCCAUGAGAAUGGUGUCAUUUACCGAGAUCUUAAAUUGGACAACAUUAUGCUGACCUUGGACGGUCAUAUAAAGGUUGCCGACUAUGGUCUCUGCAAGGAAGACAUGUGGUAUGGUUCGACGACCUCGACGUUCUGUGGUACUCCAGAAUUCAUGGCUCCCGAGAUUCUUCUUGACAAGAAAUAUGGCCGAGCAGUUGAUUGGUGGGCGUUUGGUGUCCUGAUCUAUCAAAUGCUCCUUCAGCAGUCCCCAUUCAGAGGCGAGGACGAGGACGAAAUUUACGACGCUAUCCUCGCCGACGAGCCUCUAUACCCCAUUCAUAUGCCGCGCGACAGUGUGUCGAUCCUUCAAAAACUCCUAACGAGGGAGCCGGAAUUGCGUUUGGGUAGUGGGCCUGGUGACGCUCAAGAAGUUAUGAGCCAUGCCUUUUUUAAAGGCGUCAAUUGGGACGACAUUUAUCACAAGAGAGUACCGACACCUUUCAAGCCAACCGUUAAGAACGAGAAAGAUACCAGCAACUUUGACCAGGAGUUUACAAGUGUGACCCCGGUUUUGACUCCGGUGCAGAGCGUCCUCUCUCCCGCUCACCAAGAAGAGUUCAGAGGCUUUUCGUAUACAGCAGAUUUCAUCUAGGAGGAGAAUCAGUGUGACGAAACAACAACGAAAACAGUCGUCGUAUCGAGCUACGAUGGAGCUUGUGCCAGGGACGACGCUUGUAACGGCGGAUCCAAGUCGACUACCAGGGUGAAUCUGAAGAGUAGUUCAGAGAAAUUGGCAAACAACAGCGAUUCCACUGGAUCAUCGGAAUAUUUUGAUGCCGAGUGGGAGAUUGUCGAUAGAGCUGAAGAAGGUAAAAUGUCUGAUCAUGAGUCAUGAGUGAGGACGACGUUUUGUGUGAGAAGGAAAACGGGGAACAUAAUCGACGGGGGCCUUCUCGUACAAACAUGGCAUGCAAAAGACUGCGCAACAGGAGCUGGUAUGCAAUAUGGUCAUUCCUUUGGACAACGUAGCGUGUUGCAAGCCUUGACUGGACGACCAGGGAGGGUUCAGGACUAAGUCGGUAUUCUUGGCCCGGUAUGCACUUUGAGACGACAUGUCGCAUAUGAUCAUCUCCUGGGGAGGUUGGGAAGCAUUUCCUCUCACGAGUCGAGGGACAUUGGAUGGUUAGCCUGGGAUGAAGUUCGGGAAUGAAGAAGUUGAAAAGAAUUAUAGAAAGCAAAGGCGGCGACUUGUCGCCAAUGAUGAGCAUUGAAACUAAGCAUAAUUGAAACACAAGGUCCGACAGAGAGAGAGAGAGAAAGAGAGAGUCAAUAUUGGAUUUUUUUUGUUGAGGUGUCUGAAGACGAGAGUUUUUGUCCAAUGAUAUUUUCGGUAAACACCGUGACCAGAUCCAAGUCAAGCACCGCGAGAGCAGAAAGGUCCUCGAUAGUAAUACCUUGACGGUUUGAAGCAUCUACCUGUGGACCUCUGGCUAAGGUAGGUAGGCAUGG